UAAAUCCCCUCUUGGCUCUGGGUUCGUCGCACACCUGCCCCGGCCCGCGCAGCGCCAUGCCCGCCCGCCGCCUUUGCCCGCUCGCUGGCGUCCUCCUCCUCGGCCUCGGCCUCUUGCUGCUGGGCGUCCCCGAGGCCACGGGGGAAGGAAUGGAGAAACAAGGUGUGUGCCCCCCGCUGGAGGAGAACUCCAACUGCACGCAGAAGUGCCACUCGGAUGGAGACUGCGCAGACAACCUCAAGUGCUGCCCAGCUGGCUGUGCCAACGUGUGCCACCUGCCCAAUGAAAAACCAGGCUCCUGCCCACAAGUGGAUGGUGGUAUCCCCAAACUUGGGGUCUGCGAGGACCAGUGCAAGACGGACAGUGAGUGUCCUGGGAAUAUGAAAUGCUGCCGAAAUGGUUGUGGGAACGUGUCCUGUGCCACUCCUGCCUGAGCUCCAGCUGCCACAGUCGAAGGAGUGGGGGCUCCAGCACAGCAACCUCCCCUCUCCCUGGUUUUGCACACCCUCCUGGCACAACUUCCUCCUUUCCAACCAAUAAAGUGACCACUUACAGCACA